AUGAGACUCGACCGCGCUAACCCACAACCCUUCUACCACUACUUCAACAACAGCUGGACGCCGAUCCGGAGCUCAUCAGAUAUCACCAAAAACCCCAGCACUUCUAAUCUUCGUCAAUCCUACAGCAAAAACGUAACCAGAAUCCGCCUAACAACCUGGAACAUCGACUUCCAGACACCCCACGGCCACGAACGCAUGGCCGCGGCACUGGAGUACCUGUCCCACCAGCACAGAACCCAGCACGACGACGAGACCCCAUCAAUCAUCUUCCUCCAAGAGAUGGUCGGGUCAGAUCUCCAGCUUAUCCAAGAAUCGGGCUGGGUACAGGAGAAGUUCUUCAUCACCGAUACCAGCAGCGAUUAUUGGCGCGGGUCCUACGGGACAACGACAAUGAUCGAUAAACAGUUGGUGGUGCGGCGUGUAUUCCGGGUGCCGUAUUCGAAUUCAGGAAUGGAGAGAGAUGGGUUGUUUGUUGAUGUUGAUGUUGGCCCCCCGGGGCCCGAGGGUGAAUGCAUCUUACGACUGUGCAAUACUCAUCUUGAGAGUCUUGUUUCGCAUCCGCCCAGACGUCCGGUGCAGCUACAUCUCGCGUCAAGCUUCAUGCAUGGGUCUGGCCCGGCGCCUGUCCCCGAGGAUGAGGGCAUGUAUGCACCGCCAACUCCCCAUGCAGCUAUUCUAGCGGGCGACCUUAACGCCUUUGCGCCAGAGGAUCGAUCCGCGCCGGAGGAGUGUGGUCUCAGAGAUGCGUUCUUGAGUCUGGGCGGGAGAGAGGGGACGGAGGAGAGUUUCACGUGGGGUCAGCAGGUGCCGGAUUGGAUGAGAGAGCAGUUUGGGUGUAGUCGUAUGGACAAGAUCCUGUAUUGUGGUGGGGUUGAGGCGAAGAGUCUGAAAAGGAUUGGAGAAGGGGUCACCGUGACGGUUACUUCUCAGGGAGAUCACUCCGACAGCGAGGACGAAAAUUACUCGAAUGAAGAGGUCUGGGUCACGGAUCACUUGGGUCUACAGGGGGAGUUCGAAGUCUUGCCGUCGAGCUGUUGA